CGAGCGACAGCACAAUUAUUUGCUCGUAAAGGAGCGAUGGUGACUAUUUGUGGAAGGAAAAAAGUUGCUUUGGAGGAGACCAGAAAGCUUCUAUUAGCUGAGAAUGGCAAUGAUGAGGAGAAGGUCUUGGUUGUCAUUGGUGACAUUUGCGAUGAUGAAGUCAUGAAGCAGACAGUCGACAAAACUAUAGAAAAGUUUCGUGGAUUGAAUGUGCUGGUCAACAAUGCAGGAGGAACACAUGGAGAGAUGUUCGUGAGUGAGCUGGAGGGCGAUCUUGCUGCAUUCGACUAUACUUUAAAGCUAAAUACAAGAUGCGUUCUUCGCCUCUGCCAACUCGCCUAUCCACAACUUAUCAAGUCUCAGGGCGAGAUCGUGAAUGUAGGCAGUAUUGCCGGGCUGAACAAUGGCGUCGUAAGUGUGUUUCACUGA